CUUCUGUAUUUGGACGUCAAAGUGACGUCAAUUGGGUAACUUGAUAUUUAAAAGCGAUCUCAAAACAACAUGGUGUGACUCAAUGAGACGAUGCAGCCUCGUUUUCAUACCAGACUAUCUAGCGCCAAUUGUGCACGUGAUUGAGUGUUUGAAGUGAACUACAUCUUUCUCGCUCAAGCUGACAACAGAGGGAUAAUGCCUUAGGAAAACACAUCCUAUGGGAAUCCACAACGUUGUUAUGAUGCGGUGUAUAUGUUAUAUCGAGCUAUCUUUAAUAUCUCGGCACAUGUUUUGAAGAUUGAGGGUUAGCGGUCAAUUUCACUCGCACGAAAUCUGACACACACAAUGGCGCUCGCACUUGACACAAUUUAUACGUCAGUAUCCGGACGCAGUGAUUGGCUGGACGCUAAUGACUAUUAGUAGAAUUGUUGUUACGUUAUGAGGAGAGUGUAAACACUCCGCAAUGAGCAAGGAUGAACUUCAAUUAUUUAUCGAGGCAUUACUACCACACGUUAAGUCAUUCGCAUACACCUGGUUUAACCUCCAGGCACGGAAACGCAAAUACUACAAACGCCAUGAACUUCGUAUGAGUUGCGAAGAAGAGAGAAAGUGUAAAGAUGAAUUGGAAGCGGAGUCUGCCGAAGUUAAAGAAAAAUGGGCUUCACGUUUACUCGCUAAACUACGCAAAGACAUUCGACCUGAGUGUAGAGAAGACUUUGUUUACGCCGUGACAGGACGAGAUUGUUCACGUUGCGUCAUUUCAAAUCCUGAUCAGAAAGGCAAAAUGCGACGUAUAGACUGUUUACGCCAGGCCGAUAAGGUUUGGCGACUGGAUUUAGUUAUGGUUAUAUUAUUUCGUGGUAUUCCUCUGGAAAGUACGGAUGGGGAGAGACUUGGUAAAACUAAACUUUGUCAAAAUCGUACACUUUGUGUCGUACCAAAUCAUAUCUCAGUCACAAUCAGGGAAUUGGAUUUAUUUCUUGCGAACUUUAUAUAUCGACAAGAGAAUAAAAAAGAUUGUACAGACAGUCCCGCGAGAACAGGAUCAGCCUGUCUAACCGAUCAAGUUGAAUUCUCAGCGCCAAAUUCAUUAGAAGGAAACCUUGCAACAUCAGGAGUUUUUUCAGUCAGUGAACUCUACAGAUGUUCUCAAACUCCCAUCGUAUGUGGCCAUUCGGGUACAAAAUAUUCAAGAACAGAUCUCGAAGGUGUAGGGUACUGUCCAAAUAGAAACAGCUAUGGUCCAUCCGUGGUGGAAAACUCGCCAUACUUGUUUGAUCAGCUCACAAGAAAACGAAGUCGAACAAACAGCUCAUCAAUGGACGACGACAUGGAAGAAGAUGACGAAAGCGGUUUUCAUGGCAACAACAACCGCUCGCCUGGAAGCCAAGGGUCCGCCGGAUGGGAAGUUGAUCAAGCAAGUCCUUCUCACUAUUCCCAAACACCUUUACUGAAACCAAAGACUGAGCCGCCGUUCGGACUGGGAUGUAGUUACGUCACUACGGGCGUAACUGGGCCUCAGAAGAUGGACACAGCAGCUAUGAUCAGGGUAGCUCAAAAUGGUCAUCCAUGGCCUCCGUUGUACGGCCAUCAUACACACAACGCAUUAGCCAGAUCUGCACCGGCUGUUUUACAGAAGGGACCUGCCUUCCCCCACAAUGCAAUGUUGGCUGAGAUGUCUCAUAUGCCAUUUCGUGUUCCAACAGCACAACCCUUGGGAAGAAGUUGCUCUGUUCCAGACUCUACAAAGAAUGGCUCGACCGGUGCUGGGUUUAUCGAGAAACUUGGUGGCGUAAAACAAGAUUGUUUAUCGCCUCUUGCAGCAAGUAGAUCAUCUCCUGGUACACCAAGUGGGAAUAUUGCUACACAUCGUCCACCACCAAGUGAUCUACUUUGUAACAACACUGGAAACAACUUCAACGAGAGGACACAGGGACAGUACAUCAAUGUAACGACAGCAAACAGUUUAUCCAGCGGUGUUAAUCCAGCAGUAAUAAGCUCAUUGGGUGACAGCAAUGACGUUCUUUCAACACAGUGCUCCAACCUCCGUUCAGCACAACUCCAACAGCAGUGGCCCCAGGGUAUCCAUAAUGUUCCUAUUACCACCAUGGCUGGGACAUCUGAUGCCACAGGGAAUGAAUACCAGUUUUUCGUUAAUCAGGCAGAAAGGUUGUUUGGUAUAAUUCCAAAUGAUGCAACGGAUGUUGCCGCUGAUUCAACAAGAACGGCGGCGUAACUGGUCGGAUAUCUGGUAUGAAUGGUCCGCGCUGAAUCUCUGUCACAGAUGUAUUCUAGACCAUUUCUAGACCUAUUCAACCUACAUACAUCGCAAAGACAAUGGCGCAGUUAGGAGAAAUCCUUGACAUCUCUAGCUAGAAAAGUAGAAGAAAUAUUUUAUAUGUAAAGUUCUACUACUAGAAAAUAAGGCUAUUCAAAAUAAGUGAAUAGUAUAAUGUUCGUCAGUAGAAAGGUUAUAAGAUACAAGAGUGAACAGGUUUUUCAUGUAUGUUAAUGUUUUUCUAAGCACUACCGAUGUCAAAUAUCACCAGAAAUUGUGCUUGACAUUCGAAGCAAGAAACACUUUUUAAUCGUGAAGUUUGCUGCUUCUCCCUGUUCUUCCACAUUGAAUGGCGUAAGCAGCCACUAAAUGUGUCAAUUGCAAAACUAAUGAUAAACUGCAUAAAUUUUAUGACACUGGAUGCAAACAAUAAGCGAAUUACUGCAACAACUACAUGAAGUUUCGUAGUUCUUCUUGUCCUUUCAACCAUGUGUAUUUAAGCAGAGUCAAAAUAUGAACUAAUAUAGAGUAAAAAAUAAUAUGAAAUAUUUAGAAAAUAGUAAUAAAGCCGCAUUCGUCUUAUUUUAAACCUGCCAAGCAGGAAAAUAUAUUGAGAAAACAUGCUGUCUAUAGAUGUAGUACUUUCAAAGUAGUUGUGUUGAGCAACGUUAGAUCAUGGUAGGAAAUAUCUCGGUGCACCUUCAUCCAUCUUUUAUGUUGUUGGAGCAUAAUCAAUAAUCGUUUCAUGACAUUUCUAACGGUAAAUUAUAAAUAAUACGGAAAUAAUAUAAUAUAGGAUCCAUUUACAAUACGUGCUCUUGCAAUAUGAAAAAGUCCUUUUGAUUUAACCGAUAACUGCAGAAUAAGACUUUUUUGUCUCUUUUAUGACACCUCUAAAACGGCAAACAAAAUUUUAAGCUAAAUUAGCAUUCUAUAUUGUUUGCUUUCAAGUAAUUCUAUUGUGGUUUGCCAACUAAAAUGAUGGAAAGCUACGUGUACUAGUUAUGUCACUUUAAACAGGGUCCAACAAUGACCAAUUUAUAUUUUUGUGUUUGGGACUGCACAAAUAACAGUGCUAAUGCACAAAAAAUUAUCAGUAUUAGACGCCAUAUUUGGCGUACCGUUUGAUUAUCCGUCUUCAAAUAAGGGACUAGACUUUGUUGAAUCUAGCUCUGCUGGAUUGUUAGAGAAAGGCUUGCAUGCAGGAUGCAGGUGCAUUGAGAUUCUCUCACUAUUAAACUCGCAAAUAUUUUGGUAUUUUUAGCAGAUACUCGCAGUUAGGUUGAUAUCUCCUAUAUAUCAAUCUAUGCCUUCAAAACAUUAAUGUAUGUCUUAACCCCUUGUACCCAGGAUUGCAACCAGGAUUGCAUCAACAUGAUUGAAAAACAUGUUGAAUUGAUGCUUUGAUAUAUUACAUUUUUCUUGCUGCGAUUUAUUUGCUAAAUACGAAUUAAUAUAAUAUCCAUGUUCUAUUUAACAUUAACUGGUAUUUUAUGUAAAUUUCUUCGUGAACUUGCAAUGUACGUGGUAUACAUCAGUUAUACUAGUCCAGGGUGCGAUAAAACAGUCAGAGUGUCAUAAUUAUGCUGUCGAGCGGCAUAUCUGCACUUAAACAAAGACGUUUUACUGAAUAUAUCGUUCAGAAAAUUA